AUGAGAGAGGGGGUGGUAGUGGAGAUGAUACUAGUGACAAAGGUAGUGAUAUUAGUGGAGGCGAUGAUGUUAACUGUGGAGAAACUGCCAGUGAUGAUGGUAGUGGAAGUGGAGGUCAUGGUUGAAAUGAUGAUGAAAUUGAUAAUAGUGGCAGAGGUGGAGUUGGUGGUUAUAGUGGAGAUGACGACUCCAUCCUCCCCCGGGCCGGGGAAGCCAGAGUACCUGCCCCGAGAGGGGGCGGAAAGCGUCCGUCGGGGCCGGGCCCCUGCCCCACCCUGGCCCCCUACCUCUGGCCCUUCGCCCCCUCGCCGCCCGGCGCAUUUAGCGCGCGCCUCCCGAGCGGGGGACGGCUUGAUUGACCUUGGCAAGAGGCAGCCAAGCCCUCCAAGGCCCCAGCCCCUCGCGGCCGCCCCGGCGCCGCGGCUCCAGUUUCUUUUACCACCAGCUCGGUUUCUCGCCCAGCCGGGGCCCGGGGGAGGGGUGCUGAGAGGAGCCCCGUCCGACCCCCGGCAGCAGCGCUCCGCUGCCGGAGACGAGAUCUGA